AUGUCCUUGCAAGAUACGCCUUCCUCCCGGAAAUCAAUGCUCACCAAAUCACACAGACUCUUGAAACCGGGAUUACUCGAAAACACAACCAGCAAAAAAUCAAGGCCUCUUGAAGACUCUGAAUUAGAUACCUGGAACAAUGAUCAGCAGGAUUUCUCGGCAGCAGCUUUUCCAAAACCGGAUUGCCAGUGUAUGAUAUUGAUAAAAAUUGCCUCCAUGACAGUGACUGGAUUUAUCUGUGAACCUUACCGACAGGGCCUGGAAUACUUGAAGCAGAGACUCAACGAACUAUCAAAUUUGAUGCCGAUGACUACCGCUUUAAAUUCAGCCUUCAAUACAUUGACCAUUGAAAUAUCAAGAGAGCUUUCUGAAAUAGAAGCUGGAACAUUCAAGGAUAGUUUUGGCCAUGGAGUACACACCCAGACCCCUUGGUUUCAGCCCCAAGACAGCACCACAUCGUUUUCUACUUCCUUGUGUUCUGAACCCUCCUCUUCACAGAAACGCAGAUGUGAUUACUCUCGACAUACCCCCGCGUGCCCUACGGUCAGUCUCAAGAAGCGGAAGAAGGUCGCAGGGGAAACACCAUACUACCAUCAUCAGCCUCCCCAGCGUUUCAUGCCCUCCAGGCCAUUUUCUAUGAUAACAAGAGACUCCCAAACAUCAAUGAAAGACUUUGAACCUACUGUCGGACCCAGUCUCCGAAGCUUUGGUCUCGAAAGCAAGUCUCCAACAAGUUUCAUCCUUCCGAUCACAUCAUUUCCUAUCUCCACCUUCCCAGAUCCAUUGAUUACAACAGAGGUAUCCACAGCUGUAUCUAGAUUCAAAGACCUGUCAGCUCACACAAACACCGAUGAUUCCUCAAUUGAUUUGACAAAGAAUAACAUGGCGACUUUCAAUUGA